AUGGCUGACCAAGUUCUUGGUGCCACUGUGCAAGUUGUGUUGAACAGUGCUCUUUCCUUUGCAACGGAAAAGGCUGCUCGAAUUUUUGGGUUCAGCAAUGAUUUGGAAAACUUACGGCAAUCUGUUGAGAUGAUCCAGGCUGUAGUGGCUGAUGCUGAGGAGAGGCAGAGCCGAGAUAAGGCUGUGAAACUUUGGCUUCGGAGGCUCGGAGAGGUCACUUACGAGGCCUACGACGUCUUUGAUGAAUUGAACUAUGAAAUUCUUCGUCGCCAAGUGAAAUCCAUGAACCGACCACCCAGGGGAACGACGUGCUCUUUCUCCUCCUUCUCUCAUGAUCAUCACAGUGUUGCUUUUCGUUUGAGAAUGGCUUCGAAGGUUCAAGACAUCAUCGCCAAGUUGAAAGGCAUCAGUCGAGAAGCUGCUGAAUUUCAAUUGCAGGAAAGAUUGAUGCAUUCACAGCUUUUGACUGCUUUGUCUGAACCCUCAACCAAUCGAGAGACCAACUCUUUCGUUGCUCCUGAUUUUGUGGGAAGAAACGACGAUGUAUCUGCAAUAGUUGAUAUGCUGUUGAGCUCUACCAACCAUGUUGUUGUUUCUGUCCUUCCCAUUAUUGGAAUGGGAGGCUUAGGGAAAACAACCCUAGUAAAACAAGUCUUCAACCACGAGCGUAUUGAAAGCCACUUCAACAAAAGAAUUUGGGUUUGUGUGUCAGACCAGGAAUUUGAUGGUAAGAAAGUUUUGAGACUGAUGUUGAAACAACUCGGCGAAAGUGUCCAGCCUGAAGAAAGUGAGGAAGUGAUGGUUCAGAAUAUUCGGAGAAAAAUGGGAGGAGAAAAAUACCUUGUUGUUUUGGACGACGUCUGGAGUGUAGGCAGCCAAUCGUGGAAUAAUUUUUACAGUACGUUGGUGGGACUCAACAGGGGCAGCAAUCAAAGAAGUUGGUGUCUUGUGACUAGUCGUAAUGAAACCACAGCAACCACAGUUGGUACACAUGAUACAUAUAUGCUGGGAAAAUUGCCGAAUGAUGAUUGUUGGACGAUCUUGCUUGAAAAGGUAACUGCAACUGCAAGCGAAGAAAUCCCUCAAGAGUUGAUUGCAAUAAAGGCGCAAGUCUUACAAAGGUGUGCCGGCCUACCACUCGUUGCAAAAGUACUUGGAAGUUUACUACGUAGUCAGAGAAAAGAGAACUGGCUAUCAAUUUUGGAGAAAAAGCCGUCACGUGGUAAGGAAGACGAGGCAAUGCAAAUAUUGAAGCUGAGUUUCAAUUACCUGCCGUCUUCACCCAUCAAGAAAUGUUUUGCUUAUUUAUCAAUUUUUAAGGAGGAUGAGGAGAUAGGCGGAGAUGAUCUAAUCAAGCUUUGGAUGGCAGAGGGAUUUCUUCAACAAGACUCUAGAAGUGAUACAACUAUGGAGGAAGUAGGCGGUAGGUACAUACAAAUUUUGUUACGAAGCUCAUUGCUGGAGAAAGCAAAAGAUUAUAAGGGUGAAGAAGUUUAUAAGAUGCAUGAUCUUGUGCAUGAUCUCACAAAAUCAGUCUCCAACAAUGAAACUGUGGCUUCGUAUGAUGGUGCAAUUGUUAGAAGUUGUCGACCUCGGUACCUUGCAUUAGAUUCACUUCAACAAAUACCAAAAGAAGCCUUGACAGACAUAUCAACCUCAGUCCGAACUUUGUUUUUAUCUAAGGGAUGGGGCAUGUCUGAUGAAAUCUUAUCGAAGUUCAGGAACCUCCACGUUUUGAAAUUUAUUGGCCGGUAUAAUUUGGAAAUUGUGGAGCUGCCAAACACUAUUGGCAAACUCAAACGUUUGAGGUACCUUUCAUUGCCUCGAGUGAAAAGCUUGCCAGAGUCUGUUUGCAAGCUCUAUAAUUUACAGACACUAAUCAUAAGUCCAUUUGGUCUACUUCAAGUAUUUCCGAAAAGUAUGAACAAUUUGAUCAGUUUAAAGCAUCUUGACUGUGAGGGUGAAUCGAAAGUUGAGAUGCCAAUUUGCAUGGGACGUUUGACUAGUCUUCAGACACUAAAGUUCUUCAACAUAGGGAAAAUGAGGGGUUGUGGAAUUGAAGAACUUCGUCCCUUGGAAGAACUUCGGGGAGAACUUUGCAUACGCAACCUCCAUCUCGUGAAAGAUAAAGAAGAAGCCAGUCUAGCAAGUUUGUCUAAAAGGAAACAUUUGACGAAGUUAGAUUUUCAAUGGGGUUACGAGUGUGAAAGAAAUCACAAUUGUGAUGAAGCAGCUGUGUUGGGUAGUCUUGAACCUCACCCAAAUUUGCGGAAGUUAUCAAUUAUGAAUUUUAUGGGCGAAAGUUUACCACGAUGGUUGGUGAAUUUGACAAUGUUAGUUAAAUUAACAUUGCUGAAUUGUCAGAAUUGCAGACAACUUCCGAUGCUUGCAGAGCUUCCAUAUCUUGAACAUCUGUGUCUCAGAGGAAUGAAAAUUAUAAGUAGGAUGGGAACUUCGUUGUACUGCCUUGAUGAUAGCGAUGGCUCAUCAAUCUCUGGGAGUUUGAAAUUGUUUCCAGUGCUGAAAACUCUGGAGUUGGGUGAUAUGCCGAAUUUGACCGAAUGGAAAGAAGCAAGAGUUGGUGGGGAAGGAGAGGAAGCUAUGGGUGUGUUUCCUGUGCUUGAGAAAUUGAUCAUUGAUAGAUGUCCUAAACUGAUCACCACUCCCACUCACUUCCCAAGUCUGAAGAAUUUGGAAAUCAGUUUUAUUGACAAUCCACAAAUAGCAAGAAACAUCCUCAGCAAAGUUAGGGGUGGUGAGUUUGGUGAGCUCGAGAUAUGGAACAUGGAAGGACUGAGUUGUCUCUCCGAUGAUGUGUUUGGCGGCCUCGUCCCAUAUGACGAAAGCAACAAGAGCCCACCAGAUGUAAAAAGUUUACAGUUGCGGAGAUGUUCUAAUUUGAGGCGCAUCUGGAGUGGUAGUAGUAUUGAUUAUGGCAAUUCCCUCCAGGAGCUGAGUCUAGUGAGUUGCCCCAAUCUGGUGGAAUUGCCGGAAACUUUGUGGCAGUUGCAGUCACUUUGUCAUUUCUGGAUGAGGGGGUGCUCGACAAUUCGACAUGUAGGUGGUGGCCCUCCUCCUUCUCCUAAUCCUGCUCGUGCUUGUACUAAGACGGAGGAGAAUCGUGGUCAUCACCUCAAGUCUCUUAGGAGUUUCGGAAUUUUAGGAUGCCAUGAGUUGAGGAGCAUAGCAACGGAAAUACUAGAAGGAUGUACAUCUCUGAGAGAACUGACGAUACAGGAUUGCCCGAAUCUAGAUUCCUUCCCAUUGGAUUUUCGACACACUCCCAACCUGGAAAUUAUUUGGUUGGCCAACUGUCCCAAAUUGUACGAGAAUAAGAACAACAUGCCCAGUGGAUAUGAUCAUCUACCCAAUUUAACUGAGUUAGGGCUGGGACCCUUCGCUGAUGAUGCGUCGGUCAGAUUGUUUGAUUGGGAUGGCCUCAUCUCAUUAUCCACACUAAAGUGUCUGGAAAUACAUGGGUUGCUUCACGCGGAGUCUUGUCUUCCCGAUCAGAUCCAACACCUCACUUCAUUAAGAAGAUUAGUCAUUUUAAAUUUUGGAUUAUUAGAAACUUUACCAGAUUGGUUAGGAAGCCUCCAGUCCCUCAGAGAAUUAUCUAUAAGCAAUUGUCCAAAGCUGCGUCGCCUGCCGUCCAAAGCUGCCAUGAGCCGCCUCACCAACUUGGGCCACAUUCGGAUUAAGGACUGUCCUCUAUUGAAGGAAAGUUUGAGAAAGAGAGGCCCAACCUCGGAGUGGUCCAAGAUCUCUCAUCUUCAUAUGACUACUUAA